CCUUCAACUUUUCACGUGCAAUAUAAAUGUUAUAUUCCUCCAUUUCUGGAUAUCAUAUCACCAAUAUCUCUUUAUAUCACCCACAAUCUAACCAAUAAUCACACAAGCACCUACCCAAUAACCUUCCACACCAUCAAACAACCCCCUACCUACCUAACCCCCAAUCUCUCACUCAAAGACCCAUCAAAAUGACCACCACCACCACCACCCGCUCCCUCCCACCCCUUCUAGCACCCUACCUCUCACUUCCCUCCAGCACCUCCUACGAAUCAUCACUUAUCCUUCUAACUAGCGUCUUGGGCGCUGGUACAAAUUGGGUUUUGUUGAGAUAUCUAAGUUCUUUAUUUUCUAGUACUGAAGGAAAUGGGACUGGAAAUGAGGAUGCGGAUAGGGAGACAAAAGUAGUAUUUAUGAGUUUUAUGAGGGAUAUGAAUUUUUGGAGAGAGGGGGCUAGGAAGAUUGUGAGUUUUUUUUUUGGUUUUUUUGGGGGGGUUUUAGUUUUGAUUUGAUUUGAAGAGGGUUUUCUUUUUCUUUUGAAGGGCUGGAUUGGAGGGUCUGAGGUGUUUGGAGAGGCAUUUUUGAAGCAGUGGGAAUACUUAGUUGUAUACCUAUUCUUUGUGACUUCUAUUCUUAAGUGAGAAGAAAUUCGUCAGAUACGAAGGGAAUAAUACCAAAUCAGCAGAUCCCUAAUCUCAAACUUCCUUUCCGUUCACAUCUUUCCCUGUCCUUCCUUUCUAUCUUAUCCCAAUCCAUUAUUCUCACUCACUAACACCUCCCAUCAGAACCUCGACCUCGACAAAGCUACCCUUCAAAAACGCUUCCUCUUCAUCGACGGUCUAACAUCCCUUUAUCUCCCUCAAACUCAACCACCAGCUUCUGGAUCAGGUGUCAUGCUCAAAAAUCCUUUACUUCCCACUAUCUCCCAAACACUCAAUACAGCUAUCACGUCACUGUCCUCCUCUUCCACAUCUCAACCCCCAAAAAUAAUCCUCAUAAUCGACAACCCUGAUUACCUAAUCGCAAGUUCCGCCUCGCCAACCAUAACUCAAGAUCUAAACUCCUUACUCUUGACUCUCCGAGAAAAAGUUCAUUCAACGAUCCUAACAGUAUCAAUUGAUACACCCCUUUUAUCAUCCUCUUCAUCUUCCCAAACCCCAUUAGAAACAAAUAGCUCAAGCUUCGCCACUUCUCUCGCACAUGAAGCCUCUCUAAUCCUCAGUACUAGACUUCUAGAUACAGGUGCUGCGAGAGAUGUAAGUGGAGUUUUACGUAUUACAGCUGGGGGUAAUCCAGUCGAGGAAGUUGAAAAUGAAGGAGGAAUAGAGGAAAGAGAAUUACUGUAUUUUGUAUCUGGAGAUGGUAGCGUGAGGGUUUUUGAAAGGGGUCAAUGAGGGCUCGGCGGUCAAAGAGAGGCUUUUGGAGAUGUAUGGAUUCCUGAAUUUCUGGAAUCUGUCUUUUUCUGAAUCGAGAUGAGACAGAUAGGAAUUGAAUGAGACGGAGUUCUAGGGAGAAGAGGAAAAGGAAGGAGAAAAGUGGAUACAUUAAUCAGGUAUUACGACCAAUGUUGGAAGAUAUCAUGAGAUGAGAGAAGGGAAAAAUACGAGCCAUCAGGUAGCAUCGAGGCCAGGAAGACACGAAAGAGCGUAUGCAAGACCAAACUUAAAGGAAGAAAGAGGAGGAAAAACCUCAACCUAAUCCCGGAAAUGAAAACGAGGGAGAGUAAAGAAGUGUAGGAUCAAGAAAGAGUUAGCUUAAGGACUCAGAAAAAGUGCUCAGCACGUUUUUCAGUUCUCAAUUCUCGAUCCUCAAUCCUCAUCCUCAUCUUGGUGCGUGGAUAGAUACACCAAUGAUUAUGACACCGGAAUGGGAAUUUGCAUUUGCAUAGCAUAAAGGAGAGUGAGAGUAGCUGGAUCAAUAGGAAGAAGAGGAUUUUAUGAUGCCAUGGGGUGGGUAGUAUAUCCAAUCGAAUUAGACAGAGUGUGCGGAUUACAUAGAAUCAGAAUCAUAAUCAA